AUGUUCCGCGUCGAACUCGUCUCAGACACCUCAACAGCCACACCAGGCUGGUCCUACGCCCCAACCCGAGGCUUCGACCCAACCCAAGCAAUGGCCCCAACCCUAGGCCGCAAACGCGGCAUCCGGGACGCAGGCAAGGGCGGCGACAUCACCUCACGACAAGCGAACGCCAUCGCGCGACACAUCGCAGAGCUCGACCGCGAGAACCAACGCGACGUCGCCAUCCCAGCACCGGUGAAACAAGCACGCGAAGCCGGCGCCCGCGGCACACGAGCAAAAACCACCUCGAACGUGCGCCGCAUCCUCCAAUCCCAAAAGACCUUCCGGAACCACCUCGACGACGAAGAAGCAGCAAUAGCAUCCGGCAGCGGCGGGCGCGGGAGGCGCAAGCAUCGUCGCGGCAAAGGGGGAAAGACUGCUACUGCUGCUGUUGCUGCUGUACGGCGCAGCGCGACACCGGCUAGUACGGCAGGCGUUAAGCGGUCGGCGACUGUGUCGGGAACUAUUACUGGGACGACGUCGACGCCUGCGAGGGAGACUGUGGAUGCGGAAAUGGAGGGGGAUGAGGAGCCGGCGCGAAAACCGAAACUUAUUAAGUCGGAAUAUGAUAAUGAUCCGCUGCUACGGUCGUAUGCGCCGCCUGUGCCUUCUGAUCGGCUUAUGCAGAGGUUGUUGGCCGAACCGCCGCUUUCUUAUAAUGCGUCGCGGGCGAAGCCGCUGGCGGCGGGGAGGCCCGGACGGCAUUUUUGUUGUAUGUGUGGGUAUUGGGGGAAGAUUCGGUGUAAGAGUUGUCAUUUAAGGACUUGUAGCUUGGAUUGUUAUAAGGUUCAUGAGGAUUCGAGGUGUGGUGCUUUCUUUUAG